AUGUUCCCUUUCCAACUCACAAAAUCAGCAAAUUUGCAUCAUUAUAGAUAGCAUUACCAAUUGGCAAUUGGCAAUUAGCAAUUAGCAAAACAUGGCAGCCACCACCACCACCGCCACCGCCACCAAAGUACUUCUAACCGACCUUGCUUCAAGUGUGAACCAUGUUCCCUCAAACUACAUUCGACCCAUUUCCGACCGACCAAACCUCUCUGAUGUUCAAUCCUCGGAUGCCUCCAUUCCUCUUAUUGAUCUCCAAGGCUUACAAGGCCCCAACCACUCCAACAUUAUCAAACAGAUUGGCCAAGCUUGCCGACAAGAAGGUUUCUUUCAGAUUAAAAACCAUGGAAUACCGGAGACACUGAUUAGUACAAUUAUGAACAUAGCAAGAGAAUUUUUCCGAUUGCCAGAGAGUGAGAGGAUGAAGAGUUACUCGGAUGACCCAACAAAAACCACCAGGCUUUCUACUAGUUUCAAUGUAAAGACUGAGAAGGUAUCAAACUGGAGGGAUUUUUUAAGACUCCAUUGUUACCCUCUUGAGGACUACGUGAACGAAUGGCCUUCUAAUCCUUCUUCCUUUAGGGAGGAUGUGGCUGAGUAUUGCACCAGUGUUAGAGGAUUAGUGCUAAGGUUGCUAGAGGCCAUAUCAGAGAGCUUGGGCCUAGAAAGAGAUUGCAUUGAAAAGGCUUCAGGCAAGCAGGGUCAACAUAUGGCAUUGAAUUAUUAUCCACCUUGUCCACAGCCAGAGCUUACUUAUGGGUUGCCUGGUCAUACUGAUCCUAACUUAAUCACAAUUCUUCUUCAAGAUGAUGUGCCUGGAUUGCAGGUCUUAAGAAAUGGCAAAUGGAUUGCUGUCAAUCCUAUUCCCAAUACCUUCAUUGUCAACAUUGGUGACCAAAUGCAGGUACUUAGCAAUGAUCAAUACAAAAGUGUGCUUCAUCGAGCUGUUGUGAACUGCAACAAAGAGCGAAUAUCAAUCCCAACAUUCUACUGUCCAUCAAAUGAUGCUCUAAUAGGACCUGCUAAGGAUCUUAUCGACAAUGAUCAUCCUGCAAUCUAUAGAAAUUUUACAUAUGCAGAAUACUAUGAGAAAUUCUGGAACAGAGGACUUGCAACUGAAUGUUGUUUAGACAUGUUCAAAACAUCUAGUGCUUGACUUAUAAUGUACAAUUCCUAGAACAUGCUUGUCCUUGUUAGAAUGUUGAUUUAAUUACUUAAAUUUAUCAUUUCUUAUUAGUUUCAAAAUUUUAAAAUAUGUGGUAUUUAUCGUGUCA